UCAAGAAAAGCUUCCAUUUUUUUUCGUUCCUUGAAUUUUUCCCAAUUUUACGACUUAUUUGACGAAUAUUUUCAACAUUUUACUCAAAAAUUCAACUUUCACAAUGCUCUCGAAGGAAAAAAGUCAAGAAAUCAUGGAUUCCGACGCUACUUUCUGCACUGAGAUUGAAAAUCGUAAUGACGCCCAAACAUUACACGAAAUCCUCACGGGCGAGAGUCUUCCGGGAAAAAGUGCUUCGCAACCAUUGACGUUGAGCGUCGAAGGAAAGCGUUACAACACUCGAAGCUCCUUGAGUCAAGACGAGACUCAGUUGCGGAAACGCCAACGCGAACAAACUUUGGCAGCGAUGAAAUCUCGUUUGAGACAAAUUCAAGCUCGAUUGCGGAAAAAUGACAUCAGUUCUGCCGAAUCGCAAGUUUUGGAAGCCGAAUUACGCGAAAUGAGUCAAAAAGUUGACGAGAGAUCGACUAAAGCGACAAUUCAGAACGUCCUUUCGCAAUUGCAAAACAUUCGAGAGCCUUCAAAGGUUUCCGUUGUUCCUCAAAUGGCUCAGAAAAAGAAAUCUGGUCGCAAAAUGAAACCUCAUCGUUGGUGCAAACCAUUGAGAUUCAAGCCAAAAUCCUCGAAAAUGUCCAAAAAAGGAGUUUUAACGAAAAAUCCCGAGACGAACGUUAAUGAUUCUCAAACAAUUGUUGCUCUUGAGGAAACUUCUCUCAGUGACAAGUUCAAAAAUUGCAAGGAACUCUUGAACCAAAGCAUCAAUUUGUUCAAUCAGGACAAAGCAGCGCCGUAUCAAAUCGAUCUGAACGAAACUAUUGAUCGUUUGCAGGAAAUUAUGGAUCGCACAAAGGCCUUAAUGGAAGCUCAAAGACGCGAACGUGAAGAAAAACGCAAGGCAGUUACUCAAAUUCCGCAAUUUCCGCCAAAGAAGCCACGAACUGACUUCGAUCCGUAUUCCGCUCCGUACUCCGAAGAGCUAUUCAGUGACACGAUUAUUCCAGCAACGCAGAAAAAUCCGGAAAAUUCAUGGUUCAACGACUCAAUUAUCCCCUUGGGACAGCAAAUGCCGUCGGAAAUGAAGACAAGUUUCACGAAAAAUUCCUUCAAUUUGCAAUCCGACAACUCAGUCUCAGAUUUGUUUGUUUCGAAGGACUUUAGCGACAUGGAAAAAGACAAAAGUAGCUCGUUUGCCUUCAAAACAGACGACGAGAAGACAUUUUUCGACCCGAAAUGCGCUCAACAAUCAUUCGACAUGAAUAGUUCGUUGAUGUCAAGCCAAGUUAACGAGAGCGAAGACGACAAAAAACUCAUUCAAGGCAGUUUUACUGAGAGUUUGCUCCAAAAUAGUUUGUUCAUGUCGCCAGGAGCGAAGCCAAAGGAACAAAAACUUACCAAAAGUCCUAAAAUUCACGAUUUUCACCACUCUAGCACUCCAAAAACGGAUCAAAAUGCUUCAAACGAUCAAAUUUUGAACGAAAGUCAUGAAAUUUCGAUUGUUGAACCUUCGAAUGGUGCAAAUUUGAAACAAACAACUUCGAAAAAUCGACUUUUUAAUCCGAUUCACGUGCAUCUCCUUGCCAAACGUCUUCAUUUGAACGAAAUUUUCUUGAAACACGUUAUUAGCGAAACUUUUCGUCAAGUUGAUGCCAUUGAACGUCAAUUCGCUCUUCAACCGGAUCCUCAGUCAAUGGAAGUAGAUCCUGAUGAGUCACAUGUCUCCAAUACACCCAUGAAGCCAUCAGUUCGAUCCUCAAAUCGCAAAAUUUCCGACGAAAUUUUCAAUAUUCCUGUUUUUGAGCAAUUCUAACUUUUUCAAUUUCUUUAAAAAUUUUCUUCAUUUCAAAUAAUUUUCAAUUAAUUUCUUCUAACUUUGUAAAAUUUGUUCAAAAAUUGACUUUUUAAAAAAUUAAUUCUAAAUGAUAUUUACAAAAUCUCAAAAAAAAAAAAAAUAAAUAAAUAAAUAUUUAUUGAAUAAAUAUAACAAAACUUACCUCAAAAUCUAAUUUUUUUAAUUAAAAAAAAAA